GUUGAUUGAACGAGGCCGCGCUUCAGACUGUCGAAUUAUCUUGGUACCAAGGUCAAUCUGAUGUGACGGUGAUCCUUCCGGUGUAACGCGUAGAUCUGGAGUCCUGCAUGCAGGCUUACGGGGAGCUUUUCUGCGUAACAUUCCCGCUCCCGUCCCACUUGCAUGUGGAACCCUAACCUACCUACCUACUCCUCUAGUCCUUGGCUUGGGUCUAGAUAUACCAAGUUUCAUCUCCACGGACGGCAUAUUUGUGAUGGUAAAAGGCUGUAUGGUGAGUUAGUAUGACUGGCGCUCAUACAAUCCCCGACACGCCGAGACAUGCUGACCACCAUGUUAAUCUUGAUGGCUUGACAGUUUAUAGUGUGCUAUAAUUGAUACCUUGGGUAGAUACCCAACGCAAUAGGGUGGCGGUGUCUUUACCAGCAUCACCUUCUAACGGUAAUUCUAUGCCGAAAGGUGCACAUUGCUCUCUACUAAGUGCGAUGACGGAAUGACAACAUCUACAUGAGUUAAUUACCUAGGUACAGAAUAUUAGAAUACUGGUUUUUUGAUCUUCGUUCGGGCCAACUCUUUUCAAAAAUCGUCUACAAACGUUCUGAUCAGACCACUUCCCAAUAUCACCCCCAAACAUGUCAUCUGGUUCCUUUGAGAUCCCCCCUGGAUCGGAGAAGGAUAAUCUCGGUCCUAGAUUUCGAAGCUAUGUCAUCUUCUUGAUUUCCCUAACAAUAGCCUCGAUCUGUCUAAGGUUAUGGUCCCGAGCGCUUCUAAGAUCGCCAGAUAGCCACAAAGGGCGCUUCUGGUGGGAUGACUGGGUAGCUGUCAUCUCUGUGUUUCUUAUACUUGCCCAAUUAAUAUUGUCUCUCGUCUUAGUCGGCUUGGGCGUCGGACACCACGUCUGGUUUGUAUCGUCGGAAAACAUCACAACCAUCCUGAAGCUGCUUCUGGUUACAUACCUCGUAUACGGCUUCGCUCUAACGGCGACCAAAGCAUCCGCACUUCUAUUCUUCAGUCGAAUCUUCCCGAGCUUCGCGACACCGUGGUGGUGGAAUACAGCAUUAUGGAUAACCCACGCGGCUAACAUCGCAUGGCUUAUUGCUUACACCAUCGUGGAAGCUCUACAAUGCCGACCUAUUUCCAGGUUUUGGGAUACAAAUGUGGAUGGCACUUGCUUAAGCCAAAGCAAUAUAUAUAUCGGGGCCUCUAUUCCUAGCGUUAUACUCGAUAUCACCAUUCUUCUAUUGCCGGUACCUCGUCUUUGGGGUCUGCAUACUACUCGAACCCGCAAAGUUGGUCUCUUUGUCGUCUUCGCCCUAGGAUAUGGCGUUGUGGUAGUUUCCGUUGGGCGCCUGGUGGUUGCUCUCGUGUUUCAUCAUAAAAUAGACGAAGACGUGACCUAUAACGGUAUAUCGUCUUUUUGGUGGGGUAUUUUAGAGGCCCCAAUCACCUUAUUCGGCGUCUGCGUCCCAGCCAUGGUGCCGCUAGGACGUCGCGUACAGAGUAUGAUUUUCGAGCCAGUGGUAAGUAAGGUACAGACAACUCUAGGCUCUAGCCGCACGUUUGGGAGCAGGUCGAGGAACCUGACCCUAGAUGGUUCAACUCAAUACUCGGAAAGAAGCGUUAGGAAGAGUGGGCCAUACGUCCCGAUAGAGCCGAGCGGUGCAGACUCCGUCGAUCUCAGGGACCAGAGCAAAUUUCUGCACCUCCGUGAGGCGGAUAAACUUCACACUUCACGAGUACAAGUCUGGGGUGGCGGCGCAACUGAAAAUAAUAACAUUCAACUACAGUCGAUUCGAGUGGAAAAUGAUUUCACUCUAAGCCACAUGUAACGAAAAACAGCGCACGGCGAUGCGCUCGGAACGUUUUAUGUCAGGGGCAAGAUGGCCUUUAGCGGCGUGUAAAUAUGAAAUUCAAAUUUUAAAAAUCAUAAUUCAA